AUGAUGAAGCUCCUCACACGCGUUUUUCUGCUACUUCCUUUAGCUGGUGUGUACGCCGCGCCAUGUCUUCCCUCGAUCGAUCGUGGAAAUCUCACCGUGGCCUUGGUACGGGCGCCUCCGCCAAACUGGCCACUUCCCAUUGACAACAAAGACUACCGUGGUGUUGAUCUCAACAUGACAGCGGUGGUCGAAACUGGUAUCAGCCUGAUGCAUGCUGCAAGGGCGAACGGAGCCGAUGUAGUCGCUUUUCCCGAGCUUUGGUUUCCUGGACACCCCAAGGGAGAACUCACUGAUGACUACUUUCGAGAGACAUACCUUCCUCUUUACGCUGAUAGUGCCAUGGUCUUGGGUGACAAAUACUGGACUCGGUUGACUGCAGCUGUCAGAGAAAUUGGUAUCUAUGCACAGAUCAACUUCGCCGAGCGCGAGGAUGACCACAUCUAUAUGUCGCAAGCGCUGGCGCAAAUUGCAGCCAUCAGGCGGCGAAAGAGAUAUAUUUUCUCUGAUGGAACCGUUGAUGGCCUCCAGGUGAUCCGCACAGCCUAUGGACGUUGGGGAAUGUUGGAAUGCUUUGAGCAUUACUGGCCUAGCAUGACAUUCAACAUGCAUGUUCAGCAAGAGUCCCUUCACUUCACUGCUUUUCCCUAUCUCCAAGAUUCACUCGACCCCACGGCACCUUGGUUUGCAAACGACGUGGUCAACCAGGGCGCUGUCAGCACCUACGCGAUACAAGGCAAUACAUGGACACUGACGCCUGCCGUAGGAUCGGCAUUCAUUCAUGACCCUACUGGAAUCAUGGUUGCCAACGUUUCUGCCAACGUCAGUUUUGAGCAGCAGCCAUUUCUCUAUCACAGCAUCAACACGACAGAGUUUGACUUACGCAAACCUUACGAUUUGGACGGGCAGUUCUCGUGGGGCAUUCUGGACCAGAUUGUGAACAGCUUUCCUGCAUCCGUUCCUAAGAAAGAGGGCUCCAUGGUUCCCCAGCUUAGUGUAUCCAUUAAGGACGUUAUCAAGCCUGGUAAAGCUGGACAGAAGGCAUGAAUGUGUAGUCGCUAGUACCACAAAAUCACAACUGUUCCGAG